AUGAUCCGCAGCAUUAGCGAUCGUGUGGCACGCGACUCGGCAAGUACGAACGCGACAAUCCCAACCUCUCCCGCUUCCUCUACGUCCUCCGCUUCCUCCGCUUCCUCCGCUUCCUCUGCUUCCUCUGCUUCCUCUCCUAAAGCGAUCCAGGGGAACGCAUCGUCCCGAGGCCGAUCCCUGUCGCGCGUCGCGGCGUCGGAUCCGUCGGAGCGCACCCUCUCCCGCAAAACCCGUUUGAAGGACGAGGACACGGCGACAACGGCCCGAAACGAAGCGACGGAUGACGAGGAGGAUUCGGACGCCGGGUCGGUGUCGAUGAGACGGCUGCGUCGCGAGAUUGACGAUCUGAGGACGCAGCUGGAACGAUGCGUGCGAAUCAACAAGUUGCUCUCUGCGGAGCGCACAGCGAAUGAAGCCACAGCAGCCGCCCGCGUGUUGGCGUCGGAACGAGACGACUUGGCGAAGGAGCUGGAAGCGGUGCUGAAAGCGUGGUCCCAGGCUGAUGACGUGGCAGCGGCAAAGCAAAAGGAGGAACGUGCGUCAGCGCAAAGGACCCGAGUGUCGCUGGAGUGGUCGCGAGCAGUGUUGGCACAGGAAAGGGAGGCUGUGGGGAAGGAGAGGGAGGAGGUGAGGAAGGAGCGAGAGGAGUUGAAGCGGGAGAGGGAAGCGCUGCAGAAAGAUAAGGAGAGGAUCGUCAAGGAUGCGGCGAAGCAGGCGGCACAAGAGGUGCAGAGCGAGAGGAUGAAGGUGCAGCAUCAAGCAUGGAUGAUGGGCAUGCGGCAGCACCAGCACGAUGUGACCCCCGACGGUGUGCUUUCAAGGAGCGUGAGCAUGAGCAGCACGUGCAACUGCCUCAACAGCACAGGAAGCAGCGCCGAGACGAGGUCCAACAACGAGGAAGCAACGGACCAGGAGCCAAGCAAGCAGGGGGGGAGAAGGAGCAGCGGCAACAUCAAGGUCAGCGCAUCUGCUUCACGCAGGAUUCCCUCCUGUCGGUCGGAGAGCGACCUCAGUGCAUGUGGUUCCAAGGCGCAGGAGCACGCACCGACUGGGCUUCCGCACUCUGCGAGCGUAGCAUAUGUCCGCGAACGGUGGGAGUCGCCUGCCGUUCCGCAUGCGUUGGCCUGUCGGGCCGAGCCAUUCACGGAGGCAGCAUGCGACCUGAGCCUUGAGGCCGAUUUCCUUGCGUCUGUUGAGGCGGCGAAGCAGCUGAGUCCAGCACUAGCACCGUCGUACCAGCUGGUUCUCUAUGGGCUGUACAAGCAGGCGACUGCAGGAAGCAUCACUUCGUGUUCAGAAGAGGACGUGGACACUGACGACCGCGAGAAACUUCAGGCUUGGCGCGACUUCGCAGGCCUUAGCAUCGAGGUCGCGAUGGUCAACUACGUUCAGAAGGUGAAGCAAUUCCAGAUUCUCUUCUCGCCUUCUUGA